AAGUCAGUCACAAAAGGAAAAAGAAAAAAGUAAAAAUAAUUUAACUUUGUCAGGUCGAUUUAUAUGAAAGGAAGAAAAUUUUUAAGGAUUCCAGCUUUUUUUCAUAUUUUGUUUGGUUUCAGGUAGGAUCUUGCACUUUAGUGAGGUAGUAUAGUGCAUUUGACUCUAAAUUUUUUUUUGAUCUUCCACAGAAGUAAAACAUUUCAAGCAUCCCUGAGUAUAUAUAGAAAUUAUACAUGUAACGUAUGAAUUUAUUGCGUACCUUAAAAAGCCCAAAAUAGAAAUUAUAAAAGAAGGUGAAGAAACAGUUCUUUUUAAUAUCUUGCUAAUCUUAGUGGUUUCAUAUUAUUGUUAGCUAUUAUAGAAGGCUUAUACUACACUUAAGAAGCGCUGGUGGUACAGUGGUUAAAGUGCUCAAUUGCUAACCAAAAGUUCGAUGUUCAAACCUACCAGCUGUUCCGCUUGAGAAAGAUGUGGCAGUCUGCUUCCGUAAAGACUUACAACCUUGAAAACCUUUGGGGGCAGUUCUGCUCUGUCCUGUAGGGUUGCUAUGAGUCGAAAUCAACUUGACACUUAGACAAGGUUUCAAGGGUUAUUAUAGUGUACGUAAGGCCAUAUUUCAAAUCUUGAUCAUUUCGAAUGCUUUUUGAUUAUCAUUAUUUUUUAACCUCUUAAUAUGCAUGACAGAGAGUGUCUACCAGAAGUUUCAGCUCUGUCUUUUUUCCUUCUGUUUUCUAGUGCUUGUAUUUUUAUUACUAUCAAUUGUUCCUUUGCAGGAAUCUUUUUAAAUCUUUGACCAUUUUUUUGAGGAUUGGUUUAGUUAAAGUCAUAAUAGAAAUUAUUUUUGCAUAGCAGUGGAAUAUCUCAAAAUUGGGAGACAAUUGGUACAACAAAUGUAGAUUUUUGAGUAAAGACCUGAAAACAAAUAAUGUAUCUCCAACUUACUUUUGUGCCCAAAUGACCUUGGACAAAUCACAAUUUCUUGGAUUCACCUCAGUUUUUUCCCCAGUCUCAAAUGAGAUAAUACUGUGAAGCACUUUGUAAUCUGUAAAGCACUAUACAAGUAUUAAUUAUUAUCAUUGAUAAUAUUAUUUGCUAUGAUCUUUUCCUUUCUUGACAAACUCAAAAAAUGCUACUACCAUUAGCCUUUGUUGUAGGGAUGAAAGAUGUGUAAGAAUCUUGUCAUCUUGUCCUUAUUUAGGACAAGAAUACUCAGAUGCUGUUUUUGAAUUUUUUAAAACCUAAUUAAGAUUCCUAAUUUUCCCCUAGAGGAAACUGCUUUCAAAGACAGAGGGAGGACAUCUUUAGAAGAUAACUUUAUACCUCUACCUGCCUCUCCCACCCCACCUCUUUUCACCCUAAGAACAAAAAAUGAGCAUGUACAAAUACAGAGACCUAACUGUACGUGAAACUAUCAAUGUUAUUACUCUGUACAAAGAUCUCAAACCUGUGUUGGAUUCAUAUGUUUUUAAUGAUGGCAGUUCAAGGGAGCUAAUGAACCUCACUGGAACAAUUCCUGUGCCUUAUAGAGGUAAUACAUACAACAUUCCAAUAUGCCUGUGGCUGCUGGACACAUAUCCAUAUAAUCCCCCUAUCUGUUUCGUUAAGCCUACUAGCUCUAUGACUAUUAAAACGGGAAAGCAUGUUGAUGCAAAUGGGAAAAUAUAUCUUCCUUAUCUACAUGAAUGGAAACAUCCACAGUCAGACUUGUUGGGGCUUAUUCAGGUCAUGAUUGUAGUGUUUGGAGAUGAACCUCCAGUCUUCUCUCGUCCUAAUGUUUCAGCAUCCUAUCCACCAUACCAGGCAACAGGCCCGCCAAAUACUUCCUACAUGCCAGGUAUGCCAAGUGGAAUCUCUGCAUACCCAUCCGGAUACCCUCCCAAUCCCAGUGGUUACCCAGGCUGUCCUUACCCACCUGGUGGUCAGUAUCCUGCCACAACAAGUUCCCAGUACCCUUCUCAGCCUCCUGUGACCACUGUUGCAGAUGCCAGAAGAAAGCAGAAGCAGGUAUGGAUAUGUGGUCAUUCGUAUGUUUUCUGGGCUGAAAAACGGGCACUCAAGAGAAGCUUUGGUUCCCAGCUGGGCAUUUCCGUGGAGGAUGCCAGACUCCACUGGAUAGGGAAGAGUGGCAUGAUGUGGGAUCAGUUAACUCCCACCUUAGUUCAUGCACGGCGCCGUCUGCCAGAUCCUGAUGUGCUGGUGGUGCACCUGGGUGGCAAUGAUCUGGGAGUGAUGGAGUUGUUGGAUAUUAUAACUCGAAUAAAGAAAGAUUUAAGAUUUAUCAAGCAAAUGUUCAAGAAUGUUACUAUAGUGUGGUCCAAUAUGAUACCCAGAAAAGUGUGGUACAACUCAGCGAAGCCACAUUUUAUGAAUAAAUGUGUGAAGAAAGGCAAUGAACUAAUUGGUUCCUUUAUGAAGUUCAUCGGAGGAUCUACUAUCAGCCAUGCUUCACUUGUGCCAGAAUCUCCAGGUUUAUUUCAUCUCAAUGGAGUGCUUUUAUCAGAAAGUGGUACAGAUAUCUUCAACCUUGAUUUACUUAGUGUUUUGGAAACUUUGAUAUAACUGAGGGGGUUAGGUCAGAAGGAAAAUAACAAAAUAAGGUGCUUCUGGCCUAGGAACUUGCCCUUGAGUAAGACGGAUCUGGUGUCUGAACACCUUGGAAUCUAUUGUUUGGAUUCUUGUCCUUGAAAGGUGUUAUGUAGCUAAUGCAUAUCUUGAGGGACAGUUCUUUGGAUAAAAGAAUCCAUGAAGGGAUAGAUGUGCCUUUGUGAUGUGUAACAUUAAUUUUUUCCUUUCUUCCAGUGGAAUUCCAUUUCCAAAUGAAAAGUUUUAUGUA